CACUCAGUGCCCUUGGUCAGUGACUCUGGUCUAGCCACCGUGCCUGAGUGGGAGAUGACCAAUAGCUCUGGACCCUGGGGUGAAGGCUGCUGUGACAGUAAGAAAAGCGGACGCACAGCUUCACCUGGUCCCCGUCCUUUGGUGGCAGAUGUUAAGGAAACCUUUUGGGGAGCUGAGCUUAUGGUGGGGCCACAAUAAAGCUUUAAGAACCUGUACAGUAGAGUUCCAGCCCUAAUUAUGAAGCCUUACUGGAAAGAACUGGGACUGCCACCACCCACUGUCUGCACCGAACUCACAGGAGGCAGCAGCCGGCUCUGGAGCAGGAUGGACCUUAGAUCCCUCUGCCUACAGAACCUUCAAUAAAUCAAUAACAGGUGUCUUUGCUUGCGACCCUGCCCCAGUCUACACCACCUGGGGUCCCCAGCUCCGAGCGCAAGGGAGCCAACAAACUCUCUGUGGAGGGAAACCCUUUGUGACCACACCUCCCUCUGUUAUUUUUACAUUUCCCGCAACCACUGAACCUUGGGACCACCGACAGAAAGGCGCCAUUGGUGCAACCCCGCCUCUUCCGCUACAACGCUUGGUCCGCUUCGAUCCCGCCCCUUCCUCCGUCCCGACCCCGCCUUUUCCCGCCGCCGGCUCGCAAUGUCCGGGGUCUUGAUGCUUUUCUAACCCCAGCCCUACAUCGAAGUUCCCGCACGUGGGAGGCCCGGCCGGACCUUGAGCGCGAUGCCUCGCUCGCCCCGUUGCCGGGCCGUGCGCGCUCUGCUGCGCAGUCGAUACCGCGAGGUGUGGCCGCUGGCAACCGUCGUGCGGCGCCUGGGACCUGAGGGCAGGCGACUUGUACAACCCGGAGACCCAAAAGUCUUCCGCACGUUGGUGGCCCAGUGCCUAGUGUGUGUGCCCUGGGGCUCGCAACCUCCACCUGCUGACCUUUCGUUCCACCAGGUGUCAUCACUGAAGGAGCUGGUGGCCAGGGUCGUGCAGAGACUCUGCGAGCGCGGAGAGAGGAACGUGCUGGCUUUUGGCUUUGCGCUUCUUAACGGAGCCCAAGGCGGGCCACCCAUGACCUUCACAACCAACGUGCGCAGCUAUUUGCCCAACUCGGUGACUGAGUCUCUGCGCGUCAGUGGUGCAUGGAUGCUUCUGCUGAACCGAGUGGGCGACGACUUGCUGGUCUACCUGCUGGCCCGCUGCGCGCUUUACCUGCUAGUGCCCCCGAGCUGUGCCUACCAGGUGUGCGGCCCACCCCUGUACCAAAUCUGUGCCACCGCGGAUACUUGUCCCUCUGUGCCCCCCAGUUACAGGCCCACACGAUCCGUGGGCAGAAAUUUUACUCAUCUUGGAUCCACACACUCGGUCAGGAACAGCAAUCACCAGGAAGCAUGUAAACUCUUGCCCUUGCCAUCUCGAGGCACAAAGCGGAGUCUAAGCAUCACCAAUAGAAGUGUGCCUUCAUCCAAGAAGGCCAGGUGCGAUCUGGCCCAGAGACUGGAGAAGGAACCCGACAGGCAGGCGGUUCCAACCCCAUCAGACAAAACAAGGGUGCCAAAUCCUGCUGAGUCCCCUGCAGUACCUAUUAGUAGAACUACCAAGGAAGAUUUGUCUUCCGGAGGGAAGGCACUUGGCCUGAGUCGCCCCGGGUCAGCGUGCUGUAAACACAAGCUCAGUUCCACAUUCCUGCAGUCACCACUGUGCCAAGAUGCCUUUCGGCUCAGACCAUAUACUGAGACCAAACACUUCCUGUACUCUAGGGGAGGUGGCCGAGAGAGGCUGAACCCCUCGUUCCUACUCAACAACCUCCAGCCCAGCUUGACUGGGGCCAGGAGACUGGUGGAGAUAAUCUUUCUAGGCAUUAGGCCUAGGACAUCAGGACCACUCUGUGGGACACGCCGCCUAUCGAGGCGCUACUGGCAGAUGCGGCCCCUAUUCCAGCAGCUGCUUGUAAACCAUGCGCGGUGCCCGUAUGUCAGACUCCUCAGGUCACAUUGCAGGUUUCCUACAGCAACCCACCAGGUGGCCGAUGCCUUGAACACCACCAGCCAGCCGCACCUCAUGAAUUUGCUCCGCCUACACAGCAGUCCCUGGCAGGUAUAUGGCUUUCUACGGGCCUGUAUCCGAAAGCUGGUGCCUCCAGGUCUCUGGGGUUCCAGGCACAACCAGCGGCGCUUCUUUAAGAAUGUGAAGCAAUUCAUCUCCUUGGGGAAGUAUGGCAAGCUCUCUCUGCAAGAGCUGAUGUGGAGGAUGAAAGUAGAAGACUGCCCCUGGCUUCGCAGCAGCCCAGGAAACAACUGUGUCCCAGCCGAAGAGCACCGUACGAGGGAAAGGAUCCUGGCUAUGUUCCUGUUCUGGCUGAUGGACACAUACGUGGUAGAGCUGCUUAGGUCAUUCUUUUACGUCACAGAGACCACAUUCCAGAAGAACCGGCUCUUCUUCUACCGCAAGAGGGUAUGGAAAAGGCUGCAGAACAUUGGAAUCAGGCAACACCUUGAGAGAGUGCAGCUGCAGGAACUGUCACAAGAGGAGGUCAGGCAGCACCAGGAGGCCUGGCCAGCCAUGCCCAUCUGCAGACUGCGUUUCAUCCCCAAGCCCAGUGGUCUUCGGCCCAUUGUGAACAUGAGUUAUAGCAUGGGCGCCAGAGCCUUUAAUAAAGGGAAGCAGGCUCAGCAUUUCACCCAGUGUCUCAAGACUCUGUUCAGCGUGCUCAACUAUGAACGGACAAAACAUACUAACCUUCUGGGGGCUUCUGUACUGGGCCUGAAUGAUGUCUACAGGACCUGGCGGGCCUUUGUACUGCAUGUACGCACUCUGAACCCGGCACCCAGGAUGUACUUUGUUAAGGCAGAUGUGACCGGGGCAUAUGAUGCCAUCCCGCAGGAGAAGCUUGUGGAGGUUGUUGCCAAUAUGAUCAGACACCCGGAGAACACAUACUGUAUCCGCCAAUAUGCAGUGAUCCAAAGAGAUAGAGAAGGCCAAAUCCACAGGUCCUUCAGGAGACAGGUCUCCACCCUCUCUGACCUCCAGCCACACAUGGGCCAGUUCGUGAGGCAUCUUCAGGACUCAGAUACCAGUGCGCUGAGGAACUCCGUUGUCAUUGAGCAG